CCCCGCCUCCUCCUGCCUCCUUGCAGAUCAGGCGCCCGAGGAGACGCGGGCAGCUGACAUUGUCUUCUUCGCGCGCGACUCGUCCUGCGUUUCAGGAGUCUUCUCUCUCCGGUGCACAAUGGCAACUCUUAAGGAAAAACUGAUUGCACCAGUUGCAGAAGAAAAGGCAACGGUCCCGAACAAUAAGAUCACUGUAGUGGGUGUUGGACAAGUUGGUAUGGCCUGUGCCAUCAGCAUUCUGGGAAAGUCUCUGGCAGAUGAACUGGCCCUUGUGGAUGUUUUGGAAGAUAAACUCAAAGGAGAAAUGAUGGAUCUGCAGCAUGGCAGCUUAUUUCUUCAGACACCUAAAAUCGUGGCGGAUAAAGAUUACUCUGUGACCUCCAACUCUAAGAUAGUGGUGGUAACCGCAGGAGUCCGCCAGCAGGAGGGAGAAAGUCGUCUCAAUCUGGUGCAGAGGAAUGUGAAUGUCUUCAAGUUUAUUAUCCCUCAGAUUGUCAAGUACAGCCCUAAUUGCAUCAUCAUUGUGGUCUCCAACCCAGUGGAUAUUCUCACAUAUGUUACCUGGAAACUAAGUGGAUUACCCAAGCACCGUGUGAUUGGAAGUGGGUGUAAUCUGGAUUCUGCUAGAUUUCGCUAUCUCAUGGCUGAAAAACUUGGCAUUCAUCCCAGCAGCUGCCAUGGAUGGAUUUUGGGAGAACAUGGCGACUCAAGUGUGGCAGUAUGGAGUGGUGUAAAUGUGGCAGGUGUUUCUCUCCAAGAGCUGAAUCCGGCAAUGGGGACAGAUAAUGAUAGUGAAAACUGGAAGGAAGUGCAUAAGAUGGUGGUUGAAAGUGCCUAUGAGGUCAUUAAGCUAAAAGGAUACACCAACUGGGCUAUUGGAUUAAGUGUGGCUGAUCUCAUUGAAUCCAUUCAAAAUCUGUCUAGGAUUCAUCCAGUGUCAACAAUGGUGAAGGGGAUGUAUGGCAUUGAGAAUGAAGUCUUCCUGAGCCUCCCAUGUAUCCUGAAUGCUCGUGGAUUAACCAGUGUUAUCAACCAGAAGCUGAAGGAUGAUGAGGUUGCUCAACUCAAGAAAAGUGCAGAUACCCUGUGGAACAUCCAGAAGGACCUCAAAGAUCUGUGACUUCAGGCUUCUAGGAUGUAGACACUUAAAAACUACAAUGUGAUUAACCACGAGCCUUUAGUUCUCACCCACAUACAUGGAUCUCAAUCUGCUUUUAUCCUCCUAAAUAUGUGAAUCUGGGCUCACAGAAUCAAAGCCCGCACUUGGCUUAAUGCUUGCAAUAUGAGCCCCUGAACAAAUAAAAGCAAUUACCGCAGUGUG